AUGGAGCAAAUGAUCCGUGAUCAUAUUGCUGGGGCGGCCCUUAGAGCCAUGUUCAGAGAAACCCCACCACGUGAACGCGGACCAGGUCCAUUGAUUCUACCAUUCGAUGGGGCCUACGAAGCCGAUGACGGAUCCUAUGAACCUAAUGAUGGUGAAGUAAAUUAUGAUUCUGCUGAUGAUCAGCAAGCUCUGCAGGAACGCAUUGAAAGAUUCCAAGCUCAAGUGGCUGGUUCCAACAAUAAUCCACUCCUGAUUAACCCCGAUGCAGGUUUCCCGGAACCAAAGGUCGUGGAUAUCAAUCCCCAGGCCGUUGAUGAAUGUGAUGCUCUAAGAGAGCCAAAGAACCAAGUGACGUCUCUACAGAUCGGAGAAGCAUCAACUGUUUUCUUCAUUACAGAGAUUGUUGAGAAGAUACUCAUGCAAGUACCAGUCCUUGACUUGAUCCUUGACGACCGCCAAGUUUGUCAACGCUGGAAGAAUAUCAUCGAGAAGUCGUCUUUCGUGCAAAGCCAUAUCAACCGCACUCUCGCUUGUGAAGAUUUGGUUACAUCGCGGUCUGAGUGCGGCAGAUUCCUGACUUUAUUUUUGGCACCCUUUGCACAAUACUUCCUUGAGUUGUUCUGGCGCAAGUUGCUUCGCCUCUACGCAGAACAAAAGGAUCAAUCUUUAAGAGAGGAUGCAUGCCAAGAAUGGUGCCCUGAUGCUGGGCUUUUGGAUAAGCUGUUCGGCUUAUAUACGAGCUUCCUUCCCCUCGCGAUCAAGAUUUCUGUUUUCCCAUAUCUCGGGGUUGACUCAGAUAUGUCUCGAAGCAUCCUUCUCACCAAAGCCACAAAUCUAGAUCAACAAAAAGUGGAAGCCCGUGGUUGCUCUCUCUUUGAGCAAAAAUUUGGUGCCUAUCCUCCCUGCAAAGAAAGUUUGCUCCCCAACAUCCUUUACAUCCAAUGUUUCAAGGCCUAUCACCGAUUAUUAGAUAAACUAUUGGACAGAAAGGAGAUUAUCUUACUUGUUGAGGAAUCUCGGAUUGCACGCCACCAUGAUACUGACUUCUUGAAUCUAUGGGCUGUUUACAAGAAAGCCUGGGCAGUUUUCACAGAUGAUGUGUAUGGACGAGAUGAAAUAUUGGAGGAGACUGACAGACAAAGUGUAGUAGCAGAUGAACGACGGGGACACGUGGACGUCGAAAAAUUUGCGAUUUUGUUCAAUAUGAAAAAUGGUGGGUCCGUGAGAUUGGAAUGUGACGGAGGGCAGUACAAUAUUCUUUUACAUACUAACUGCAGACAAGCUUGGGAUGCGCUAUGA